GAAUUUGCCAAGCUGGACGAGUUGGGCUCUGACCGCUCGAGAACAGGCUCUCACACAUCGCUCACUCCUGGGGCCAUUCAAGAGGAGCAAUAUGUAGGCGACGGAACCAAUGAACCUGCACCUCUGCUGCCGCACACUGUCUAUCGGGACGCAGAGACCAUCACCGAUGUGUGUAACAGCACCGAGCUCCCUGAGGUGGAGAUCAUCAGCCUGUUGGAGGAGAAGCUCCCGGUGUACAAGCUGAGGGCUGACAGCGUCUACGGCUAUGAGCACGACGACUGGAUACACACUCCUGUCAUCUCUCCGGACACACACAUCGACCUGACCUCCGAGCAGAUCGAGGAGACCCUCAACUACUUCUUGCUAUGUGCUGAACGAGUGGGCCAGAUGACUAAGACCUACAAUGACAUCGACGCUGUCACCAGACUUCUGGAGGAGAAAGAACGGGACCUGGAACUGGCUGCUCGGAUUGGCCAGUCCCUGCUGAAGAAGAACCAGAGUUUAUCUGAGCAGAAUGAGUACCUAGAGGAACAAGUGGGGAACAUCAGAGAGGAGGUGAUCCAGCUCCAUCAUGAGCUAAAUCUGAAAGAUGAGCUUUUGCAGUUCUACACCAACGCAGCCGAGGAAAGUGAGGAGGACGUCACGUCUCCACCAUGUCGGCUCGGCAGGACGCCGUUGCCUUUUCCGGGUGGCUCCCAUGUGGACAUACUUCAGAGGAAACUCAGAGACCUGGAGGAGGAGAACGUCUCUCUUAGAUCAGAGGCGAGCCAUUUGAAGUCUGAGACCGAGACGUUUGAGGAGAAAGAGCAGCAGCUGGUGAACGACUGUGUGAAGGAACUCAGACAAUCCAGUCUGCAGAUCUCCACCAUAGCAGAGGAACUGACCAGGAAGACAGAGGAUGCGGCCCGCCAGCAGGAGGAAAUCACCCACUUGCUCUCGCAGGUUGUCGACUUGCAGAAAAAGGCCAAAACGCAUGCUCUGGAGAACGAGGAGCUCUCUCAACAUCUGGUGGCAGCUAAAGACGCCCAGAGGCAACUCACAGCCGAGCUUCAGGAGCUGGGUGAAAAGUAUAUGGAGUGUAUUGAAAUGCUGCAUGAGGCUCAGGAAGAGCUGAAGUACCUGCGGAACAGGAGCAUGUCUACUGGAACACCACGGCGGUACCAUCCUUUUGGACUCUUCCCUAUGGACUCUCUGGCCGCUGAAAUUGAGGGCACUAUGAGGAUGGAGUUGAAUCCCGAGCACCCUGAACAGGAGGAGCAAAAGGUGCGUCAUAAGCGUGUAUUUGAGACGGUUAAAAACAUUAACCAGUCAGUCAGGCAACGCUCGCCGGCUCCGCCUAUUGCUAAUAUCCCUGGGUCCAACCAGACGCACUCGUCCAUAAGUUCCGCCCUCUCUGACGGCAACACUGACAACUUGGCCGGCCUUGAUAACCGCGAACAGAGCAUGCUCCUGGAGGCAGAGUCGACAGAUGCCAAUUUUGACAGCACUGAAAAGCGUUCCAGCUCGGAAGACCUGAAGCUUGCAUUGCGCCGACUCUCACUGCGCCGACAGAACUGCCUGAGCGAGCGUCGUUUCUUUGAGGAGGCGCGUGAGAGGAAGCACCAUGAUGCCUCACUUCAUGGCAUUGUGUCUGGAGAAAGCAUCAUGUCGCUGGGCAUGUGGCCGAGCCGGCCCUACCUCCCAGACAAGCUGCAGAUCGUCAAACCUUUGGAAGGCUCUGCAACCUUACAGCACUGGCAGCAGUUAGCUCAGCCUAACUUAGGCGGGAUUCUGGACGCACGUCCUGGUGUAGUCCCUAAGGGUUUCCGUCCUCUGGAACUCGAUCUAGAGGAGGUCUAUCACUACAGCGACUUCGAGGAGGACGAGCCUGGAGAUCAGUACUUCCAGAACCUUCCAACCACCACCACUACAUCUAAUCCUGGUUUUAGCCAUGCCCCCUCAGCCUCUCCGUCGCCCUGCCUAAGCACUGGCCACGCCACUGCAGAGUUCUCGGUUCACUACCCAGGUAAGUGUAUGGCCCACACUAGUUCAACCUACACGUUCACUACCUGUAAGAUCCUCCACCCAUCGGAUGAGGUCACCAGAGUAACUCCCAGUCUAAACCCUGCCCCGGCCUCUUCAUGUGCGAUGUCCUCCAGCCUUCGCUCCACCCCUGCUGCCACACCCUGCACUCCUCGGCGCUUAAGCCUCUCCCAGUCCCAGUCCUUCACCAACUUGCGUGACUCAACGAAGACCUUUAGCACCUCACUGGGGUUAGUGCGCCUCCUACAGGAGCGAGGGAUCUCUGCCGCCGUCUAUCAGCCACGAAGUUGGGACAGGGCCAGUGGGGAUGUCCAUUUAUCCACCUCUGUCCUCCCUCCAUCAUCCCCUCCAGGCUCUCAGAAACUUUCUACUCCACCAAACUCCCCUGCCCGACACACUCCAAGCCCCCACACUGUUGAUCAGGACAACCCCGCAGACUUUUCAUUCAAGACCCCAUCCUAUGAGAACUUCCUUGCCUCUAAGCCAGCACGGUCCAUUCUGAAAGAGGUGGCGGAGGGUGCCCAGGCGAGGGAUUGUGAGAGUCAGACGGAUGUCAGCGUGUACAACCUGAACCUGGUAGAUAAGCUAAAGAGGCUGGGGCUGGCAAGUCCAGGAGCAAGUGGGAUCUCAGGGCCGCGCCACAUCCUGGGCCCUCUAGGUGGUCUGAGGAGGACGGGCUCUCCCUUUACACCCCUAAAUGAAGGAUUAAGGCGCAAUCGGAGUUACCCAGCUGUGGUUGGUGCAAGCAUGGCUAUGAAGGGCCCUGGACCCCAAAAAGAUGAGCUGAUCCUAUCUCCGAAGCUUCCCAAGCAGACUAGUCUUAAAUAGAUGACGCAUAAUCACUCAAACUACUGCAUCAUAUGUAUUUAAGUUCUGUCACCCAAAAGCAAAAUUCAGCCUAUUUGCACUAGAGCACUAUUCUCCACACCCUAGUGUGUAAAACACAAAGUAAAGCUUUAGUACUUUGCUCAACAACAUUUAGGUGGAAAAUACCAUAAAGAACAAACCCUUGAGAAUUAAACCAAAAAAGAAAAAAAUCUAUAUCAUUUGGCAUAAAUACAACAAUCUCACCAGUAAUUCAGUAAUUCUACCUACAGUACAUGGCCAAACGUAUUUUGGACACCUGAUCAACACAGCAAUAUACAGAAUGAGAUUUUCAUGAACUAUGACAUGCAGGGAUGGAUUACAGACAAGGUCCUUUAGGCAUAUAUCCAUUUAAACUGAAAUAUUAGGCAGACUGUCCGUUAUGCUAAGCCACGCUACACUUCCCAACAUCUGUAAGUUAAGAAAACAUGAGCCAAUGAAUAUAAAAGCCAUGGAUACUGAAAUAAAUUUGGAAAUGUUA